CUGAGUGAGAGUCUCUGCGCUCAGCUCUGCCUCCCAGCCACCCUCCCACGCCUCCUGCGAGGUGCAGCAGCUCUACAUAAACACAGCCCCGCUGCUAGCGCAGGGGACUCGCCUCUUAGCCUGGCCCAGGAGGCUCGCCCAGCGGGCAGCACGGGGGAAAUAAGCAAGGUGAGGUGAGGCGGCGGCUCCUUCAGCACUUGGCGUGAGGCGCGGCGGCAGCUCAGCCCGCGCCCGCAGAGAGGGAAGGGGCCAGAGGAGACGCUGCCCGCGCCCGCAGUGAGCGGCUCUGCCAGCGCGGAGCAGAGGACGGCGAAAGGGGCCGAGAGGCGGCGGCUCUUCCCACGGCCGGCGGGAGGAGAGGCGGCUGCACCCCGCCACCCGCCGGAGUAAGGGCAGGAGGCGGCAGCGGGCUCGCUCCGGGAUGGCCCUGGCGGACAGCGCCCGGGGGUUGCCGAACGGGGGCGGCGUGUCCCCAGCGGCGGGGCCGGGCUCGGGGGCCGCGGGCUCGUCCGCCUUCCCGGAGAUCGUGGAGCUGAAUGUGGGCGGGCAGGUGUAUGUGACGCGGCGCGGCACGGUGGUGUCGGUGCGGGACUCGCUGCUCUGGCGCAUGUUCUCGCAGCAGCAGCCCGGCGAGCUGCCCCGGGACAGCAAAGGCCGCUUCUUCCUCGACCGCGACGGCUUCCUCUUCCGCUACAUCCUGGACUACCUGCGGGACCUGCAGCUGGUGCUGCCCGAGCACUUCCCCGAGCGCAGCCGCCUGCAGCGGGAGGCCGAGUACUUCCAGCUGCCCGAGCUGGCGCGCCGCCUGGCGCAGGGCCGGGGGGCGGCCGGCGGGGGGGCGCGCCCCGCCGCCCUGAACCGCGACGGCUCCCUCUGCGCCGACGAGCCGCCGUCCCUGCUCGGCUACCUGGAGGCGGAGCCGCCCGAGGCUGGGGGCGCUGCCUCGGCCCCGUCGCCCACCUCCAGCCGCAGCCCCUCCGGCGGCCCGCUGCUCACCCCGUCGCAGUCCCUGGACGGCGGGGCGGGGCGGCGCUCGGGCUACAUCACCAUCGGCUACCGCGGCUCCUACACCAUCGGGCGGGAGGCGCAGGCCGACGCCAAGUUCCGGCGGGUGGCGCGCAUCACCGUGUGCGGCAAGACCGCGCUGGCCAAGGAGGUGUUCGGCGAGACGCUGAACGAGAGCCGCGACCCCGACCGGCCCCCCGAGCGCUACACCGCCCGCUACUACCUCAAGUUCAACUUCCUGGAGCAGGCCUUCGACCGCCUCUCCGAGGCCGGCUUCCGCAUGGCCGCCUGCUCCUCCACCGGCACCUGCGCCUUCGCCCCCGAGCAGGGCGGCCCCGCCGACGACAAGAUCUGGACCAGCUACACCGAGUACGUGUUCUGCAGGGACUGAGCCGGCAGACACGCCGGGGCAGACCGCCCUGUGCGUCCCCAGCCCCUCACACACAGCGCCCUCCAUCAGCCUCUCCCCUACACUCCCCCCAUGCUCCCAGCUGUGUGCCAGCUCCUCCACCCCCCCCCCGCACAGGAGAUGUUCGAAACUCUGCCUGUCUCCUCUCUACCCCUCAGACCCAGGGGGUGAGGGGAACUCCCUCUCCCUUACGCCCAGAGACUCUCUUCCCACGAACUGGGCACCAUACCCCACUGAGAAGGGGGGAGGGGAGGAAUACCUUCUCCAU